GAGCCCCGGCUUUAAUGAGCUGGCUCUCCUCCUCCGUGCAGGCUGCUCAGUGAAGGCACGUUCCAUUUUUCUUUCCCCCCUCUUCUCUCCUUCCAUUUUUUCCCUGAGACCGUGGAGAUGAUACGCGCCCCUGGGAAGAGACGAACACCACAGCCGAGCGAGCCGUCCCUGCGCUCCCGUGGAGUUGGUCGGAGCGAGGAGAAUGUCUCCCACUUCUGCCGGUUCUAACAUCUAAGUGCUGGAUUUGAGAGAGAUCUGCUUUUUUGAAAACCACUACGUGUUAUUCGUGAGGUUUCUGCCGCUCCAGGCUGUGAAGAUAUGCCAGAUAUCAGCGGAGGAUUCGUUGUGUUUCAAUAAGGCGCUUUGGUUUCGGCGUAAAAAGGACAAAAUUAGGCCAGUUCAUCCGCGGCGGCUGUUUGUGCUCCUUCACUGGUAUUUUUGAUUUCUCGUGGAUUUGUCCUUUCUUAUCGCGAAGGGACUGAUUUCACGGUGUCUAUUCAACAAGCUGCACUCGCUCCUGGCCGCAAAGCGAUGGGCGCAGUGUGUCUGAGCCAUCCACAGCGUCUUGGUUCCCCAGCCCCGCUUGUUGAAUCUCCUCCCUGGUGACAGGAAUGGCUUCGUAUUAACAAAACUUAACGCUGGUUCUAUAUCAUCGUCGGAUUGCAGACCCCGUCCUUCCCUUAAAAAGUUCGCCAUGGCUCGUCCCGGGGUGAAGCUGAGGCUGAGCACCGUGUGGAGAGCGCUUUGGCUCAUGGGCACCGUGGUGGAUUUCGCGCUGCCACAGGAGACUUACGCGCCACAUUCCAUCCGGACCGAGGGCCACCUGACCCUCGGAGGACUGUUCCCGGUGCACAGCCGCGGGGCCGACGGCACACCGUGCGGGGACCUCAAGAAGGAGAACGGCAUCCAGCGGCUCGAGGCCAUGAUGUACGCUUUGGACCAAAUCAACCAGGACGAGCAACUCCUGCCCAACAUUACCUUAGGCGCCCGGGUGCUGGACACUUGUUCGAGGGAUACCUACGCGCUGGAGCAGUCUUUAACUUUCGUCCAAGCCUUGAUCACGAAGGACACCUCCGACGUGAGGUGCACCAACGGGGAGCCCCCGGUGUUCGUGAAGCCUGAAAAAGUGGUGGGAGUCAUCGGCGCCUCGGCGAGUUCAGUAUCGAUUAUGGUCGCCAACAUCCUACGCCUCUUCCAGAUCCCGCAGAUCAGCUACGCGUCCACAGCCCCGGAGUUGAGCGACGACAGGCGCUAUGACUUCUUCUCGCGGGUGGUUCCUCCAGACUCGUUCCAGGCCCAGGCUAUGGUGGACAUCAUCCGAGCCCUGGGAUGGACGUACGUCUCCACCAUUGCCUCCGAGGGCAGCUACGGAGAAAAGGGAAUAGAGGCCUUCACACAACUCUCCAAAGAAGCAGGUGGGAUCUGCGUCGCCCAGUCUUUGAAAAUUCCCCACAACCCCAAGCUGGAGGAUUACGACAAAGCCAUCCAACAACUGCUGGAGACGCAGCACUCGCGGGCAGUCGUCAUCUUUGCCAGUGAAGAAGACAUACGGGGGGUUCUCAAUGCCACCAAGAGGGCCAAUCAGGUGGGCCAUUUCCUGUGGAUCGGCUCCGACAGCUGGGGAGCGAAGAGCAGUGCCAUCCACCAGCUUGAGGAUGUGGCGGUGGGAGCAGUCACUAUACUGCCCAAGCGCUCCUCCAUUAGAGGGUUUGAUGAAUACUUUACGGCGCUCACCCUUGAGAACAAUCGCAGGAACGUGUGGUUUGCUGAGUUCUGGGAAGAAAACUUUGACUGCAGGCUCCUCAGCGCCUCGAAGAGAGAGGACACCAGCCGCAAAUGCACAGGCCAGGAGCGCAUCGGGAUCAACUCCAAGUUCGAGCAGGAAGGGAAGGUGCAGUUCGUGAUUGACGCGGUGUACGCCAUGGCCCACGCGCUCCACAACAUGCAGAGGGACUUGUGUCCUGAUCAUCUUGGCAUUUGUCCACUAAUGGAGACUGCGGAAGGGAAGACGCUGCUGAAGUACAUACGCAACACCAGCUUCAACGGCAGCGCCGGCACCUCUGUUGUGUUUAAUAAGAAUGGCGAUGCUCCAGGACGCUAUGACCUGUUCCAGUUCCAGGUGACCAACUCCUCCACCCCGGAGUACAAGAUGGUAGGACAGUGGGUGGAGAAUCUCCAGCUCAGGCUGGAGGAGCUUCAGUGGCCAGAUGGGGAGCAGGAUGUGCCCAUCUCCGUGUGUAGUCUGCCCUGCAAGACUGGAGAGAGGAAAAAGCGGGUAAAGGGCAUGCCGUGCUGCUGGCACUGUGAGCUCUGUGAUGGUUACCAGUACCAGUACGACGAGACCUCCUGCAGACUGUGUUCCUACAACAUGAGGCCCAACCCCAACCGAACCGCCUGCCAGCCCAUUCCCAUCGUCAAGCUGGAGUGGCACUCACCCUGGGCGAUAAUCCCCGUCUUCCUGGCCAUGCUUGGAAUCAUCGCCACCAUCUUCGUCAUGGCGACAUUCGUGCGCUACAAUGAGACGCCCAUCGUGCGGGCGUCGGGCCGAGAGCUGAGCUACGUGCUGCUGACAGGGAUCUUCCUGUGUUACAUCAUCACCUUCCUCAUGAUCGCCAAGCCCGACGUGGCCGUGUGCGCCUUCAGGAGGAUCUUCCUGGGCCUGGGCAUGUGCAUCAGCUACGCCGCGCUGCUCACCAAGACCAACCGCAUCUACCGCAUCUUCGAGCAGGGCAAGCAGACGGUGACGGCCCCCCGGUUCAUCAGUCCCACCUCCCAGAUUGCCAUCACUUCCAGUCUGAUCUGCGUGCAGCUGCUGGGCGUGCUGGUGUGGUUCGCCGUGGACCCACCGAACACCAUCGUCGAUUACGAUGAGCAGAAAACCAUUAACCCCAAGCUGGCCCGCGGCGUGCUGAAGUGUGACAUCACAGACCUUCAGAUCAUUUGUUCACUGGGCUACAGCAUCUUGCUGAUGGUGACCUGCACCAUCUACGCCAUCAAGACACGGGACGUACCGGAAGACUUCAAUGAAGCCAAGCCCAUCGGCUUCACUAUGUACACCACUUGUAUAGUGUGGCUGGCCUUCAUCCCAAUCUUCUUUGGCACAGCCCAGUCGGCAGAGAAGCUGUACAUCCAGACCACCACCCUGACCAUCUCCAUGAACCUCAGUGCCUCCGUAGCACUGGGCAUGCUCUACAUGCCCAAGGUGUACAUCAUUAUCUUCCACCCCGAGAUGAACGUGCAGAAGAGGAAGCGUAGCUUCAAGGCUGUGGUCACAGCUGCCACCAUGUCGUCGCGUCUGUCCCAGAAGCCGAGCGAGAGGCCCAACGGAGAGGCCAAGACGGAGCUGUGUGAGACCCCCCCUGCUGACCCCAUGAGUCAAGCAACCAAGAAAACAUACGUGAGUUACAACAACCUCAGGAUCUGAUCUGCUUGCAAAUCAAUGCAGUUUGUCCUUUAUCUGUGAUUGAAAAGGGGAAGGGAGCGGUGGCGGAGCGGAGGAAGACAGACAGAGACAGGAGAGACAGCGCAGGCAUCCCAGCACCUGCAGUACCUAUGCACUCCAGGCCUGUGGAUAGCAUCCAACCUUCAUCCAGACAUGAUACAUGAGUCCUGGCAGAAACUAGCACAGCUGUAGGCCGGUGUGUUGUCGGGCCUCCAGA